AUGAUAGCUCGAGAAGGUUUUAAUUUGAAAAAUACAGUUGCUGAUCUCAUUGAUAGUAAUGGUGACUGGCGAUGGCCACAGGCGUGGUUGGAUCUAUUUCCGAUUCUAAUAAAUGUUGCACGCCCUGUCAUCGCUCAAGAUAUGGAGGACAGGUUUGGAUGGAAAAGCUUUGAUGGGAAAAUAGGUCACUUUACUUCUUGGGAUGCAUGGAAUAAUUUGCGGGUUAGGGAGAACAAGGUGGCAUGGGUAAACAUGGUGUGGUAUGGCCAAUGUAUUCCAAGGCAUUCGUUUCAUCUUUGGUUGGUGAUAAUAAACAAGCUGAAAACUCAAGAUAGAUUGGCGGUGUGGGAAGCGGGGAGUGAGACGAACUUAAUUCUUAUGUGUUGUCCUUUAUGUAAGUAUGGUCGAGACUCUAGAGAUCACCUCUUUUUUCAAUGCUCAUUUUCGGCUAAGGUUUGGAGCAUAGUUAUCAAAAAAGUCGAUAUGGGGAAUGUGGAUGGUUCGUGGCGCUCUAUAAUGUCAUGGAUAGAUCAGCAUGCGAGUUCUAAGAGGUUGGAACACAUCAUUUGCAAACUUGUUGUGGCGGCAUCUUCUUAUUUCAUAUGGCAAGAACGAUCUGCAAAGGAAGGAAGAGACGGUGGCUCAACUGAUUCUUGA